UGGCAUCUCCAUUCUCGCGUACAGAAAUGGAUACCGUAAACGUUUGUACGUACAACUUUUCAUUAGGAAAUAACGAACGCUGCGUGGCGCGUACGCCAAAAUUGUGCUGCUUCACUUAUUCUUCUAACCGUUAAAUUUUCCCCCAAAAUUUUCUACAGGGCGCCGGCUACGCCUGCGAUUCUUCACGGCCGACAAAGUCAUGGCUCUAAUCGCCUGCAAGUUAUGCUUUUCGUUUACGCUUCCGUUCCGAAGGUCUUCUCCGUCUUCUUAUAAUGGUUCAUCACUAGAACAUCGUCAGCCUCACAGUCAGAGGCAGCGUCAUUUUCAGAUUCUGUCGUGCGCUAGCGUAGCGCGAUCUGUUCUCCCUAUACCUUGUCCUUUGAAGCUCGACCCGGCAAAGAAGCUGUACUUCCCAUAUGAACCUGGAAAACAAGUUCGAAGUGCUGUCAAGAUUAAAAAUGCAACCAAGUCCCAUGUAGCUUUCAAGUUCCAAACAACUGAACCAAAAAGCUGUUUCAUGCGACCUCCUGGGGCUGUUCUUGCUCCUGGCAAUAGUUUAAUAGCAACAGUUUUCAAGUUUAUAGAGCCUCCAGUGAACAAUGAAAAGCGUAAUCAGAAAAGCAGGGUGAAAUUCAAAAUCACGAGCAUCAAGGUUAAAGGAGAGCAGCAGUAUAAACCAAACCUGUUUGAAGAUCUAAGAAAUCAAAGUGCCAAGGAACAGAUACUACAGAUUGUUUUUCUUGAUCCAGAACGUCCUUCUCCUGCUUUGAAGAAACUCAAGCACCAGUUGGCUGAGGCUGAUGCUGCUGCUGCUGCUGAGGCUUGCAAAAAGCUAACGGAAGAUGCAAGUCAGAAGUUUAUUGGCGAAGGACUUGUGGCAGAUGAAUGGAACGAAAGAAGAGAGAGAUACCUAGCCCAAGAAUGCCUUGGAUCUGUUGAAUCAAUAUAAAUAACUGGGUGGUUCGUUCAGUUACUCCUAUGCUCUAACUGGAAGAAUGUGCAUAUAUUGUAGCCUGAUGCAUACACUCCAUGAGUAACUAUGAAGAGAGACGAUUAAUCGAUUAUAAUGCCCCUGUGUCAUUUAAUUACGUUAUUUUACUUUUGCUAGUUGCUACUGAUGUGUACUUUGCAUAAAAAAGUAGAAUGGAAAUAGUUGAUGGUAAUGUGUUUGUUAUUUUGUGGAUAAUUGGACAUAUGGAGUUCUAACCAGCUUCACUACAGCAGUAUAUAUGUACAUGCGGGGCUUCAAAAGUCUA